UUACCUGUGGACAAAAGAGCGGCUGGACAGCAGCCCAUUGCAGAAAUCAUCUCCGCGGCAAGAAAUUCAUUCUAGGGUUUUUGCGAGAUGAGUCGUCAUCCCGAAGUGAAGUGGGCUGAAAGAUCUGACAAAGUCUACCUUACCGUGUUGUUGCCUGAUGCAAAAAAUGUGAAAGUUAAUCUUGAACCUGAAGGUACUUUUACUUUUUCCGCAACUGCUGGCACAGAGAAUAGCUUAUAUGAGUUGAAAUUGGAUCUUCAUGACAAAGUAAAUGUGGAGGAAAGCAAAAUAAACACAGGGGUCAGGAGUAUCUUCUGUGUGCUAGAAAAAGCAGAGCAGAAGUGGUGGAAUAAGUUAUUGUCUGGUGAUGGCAAAGCACCUCAUUAUGUGAAGGUUGACUGGGAUAAAUGGAUGGAUGAAGAUGAUGAUGGUCAGGAUAAAGUUAACUUGGGAGGAAUGGAUUUCUCAAAUUUUGCUGGCAUGGAUGGCUUGGACGGCAUGGGCGGCUUGGGCGGCAUGGGCGGCUUGGGCGGCAUGGGCGGCUUGGGUGGCAUGGGCGGCAUGGGCGGCUUGGGUGGCAUGGGCGGCAUGGGAGACGGUAUGGAUGAUGAGUUUGAUGAUAGUGAUGAAGAAGGACAAGAAGCAGAAAAGACAGGAGAGAAUGAGCAUGCACAAGCUGAGACCUCAUCAGAGGCCAAACCCGAAACAGCUCCAAGCAGUUGAGACAGGCCCAUUAGACCAUGUUCUCACUUUCUAUGACCAUUAUUGGUUGCUGGUAAAACAGACUGAUUCCAAUUAUGGUGCCCAUUGAUGUGUUGACGUUUGAUUAUCCUGCAGUAGCAUUUAUUAUCAUGAGUGAUCCUUUACAUUCUCUCUUUGGAGGUUCUUUACACAUCUAACCUCUUGUUUGAGAUUAAUGUAUUUUUAGAUUGUGUGGAAAAGAUAUCGGCUUGCCAUAAUUAUGAAUGAAUUUACUGUUGCUUUUCAUAUUAGAAGAAUUGAUUUCA